GCUCUCUGAUGGCGGUCUGGGAAAUGGGCUUGAAGCUUUGCUUUGUUUGGUCUGUUUGUCGACCUGCAGCUCAAACCUCGACUAGGUCACAAGAUUCCAUACCGAUGAGUCCAGAAGAUGUAUAAGAAGGAGGUAAUCCAACACCUCUGGAAGAUACUUUUUAUCUUCUCAUCAUCACAACAACAAGCAAUCAACCAACCUCAACAUCUGCAAAAAGCUUAUCAGCAAACAAACAACUUUCCCCAAACCCAUAAACCAACCCCCAACCUUCAACAUGCCUACCGAAGCUCAGAUCGCCGGCGGCCACAAGGCCAACAUCAACAACCCCAACACCUCUGAGGAGUCCAAGCAGAACUCCAAGAAGGUCCUCGACAAUGAGUUCAACGGCGGCGAUGUCCCCAAGUCUGGCGAUGAAGAGCAGAAGAACCCUGGCAACGUUGCCGGUGGUCUCAAGGCUACCCUGAAGAACCCCAACGUCUCUGACGAGGCCAAGGAGUCUGCUAAGGAGCGUCUUGACAACAUGUAAAUGAUGUUUUUACGAACCGAUACCCACUUUAUCGCUUUGGAUGGACCCGGCUAGCGAGUAUGAAUGAGUCGAGCGUUGUAUCUUAGUCAAUAGGUCCGGCGCAUGCUGGCGAUAACGAGAGCAUUGUCAACUCAGUUUGAUUUCUUCUAGUAGCAGUGAAGAUAUGACUUAUUGAUGAUGCCUCCAAUUUACGCUCAACCAAGCCCUAAACCCCAUGAGCUAUG